GGGACCUCUGUCCGCCGUGUUGCUUCCUCCGUCCGUUGCCGCCGUCAUGAAGUUCGUCUACAAGGAGGAGCACCCUUUCGAGAAGCGCCGCUCCGAGGGGGAGAAGAUCCGGAAGAAGUACCCUGACAGGGUCCCGGUUAUCGUGGAAAAAGCCCCCAAGGCCCGAAUAGGGGACCUGGAUAAGAAGAAGUACCUGGUGCCCUCCGACCUCACAGUGGGCCAGUUUUACUUCCUCAUCCGGAAAAGAAUCCACCUGCGGGCCGAGGACGCCCUUUUCUUCUUCGUCAACAAUGUCAUCCCCCCCACCAGUGCCACCAUGGGGCAGCUCUAUCAGGAACAUCACGAGGAUUUCUUCCUUUAUAUCGCCUACAGCGAUGAGAGCGUUUAUGGCAGCAUAUAAGACCCCCAAAGUCCACCAGCUGCCGCUGAGGGGCAUCUUGCCCUGAAGGGACCUGCACUUUCUAUUGUUACUUGUUAAUUUUAUGUUAAAAAAGGUGUUUUUCUUUUUUUGCUCCAGGAAAAUGGAGUUAUUUUUCUCUUUUUUUCCCCCCUCCCCACCCUUUAAUUUCUGGCUAUGAAUCUUUAACUCUCUUCCUCUUUUAACUCCUUCCCUCCUUUUCUUUUGGUUUUCUUUUUGAGGUGGUUGUGGCUAAAAUUAAAUACCUCCCCCCUUGCAUUGUCCCCUCUGUGCUUGAUUGCUUUCUUUUCUCCUUUUUUUCCCUCUGUUUGAAAAAGGUCAUCUGGAAUAUCUCUCCAAAAGCCACAAAGAAAACAAAAAAACCACCCCUCCCUGUUUUCAUUUUUUUCUGAUUUUUUUUCCUUUGCCACGUGUCCCGAGUUUUGCUUUUCAUCCGGGAGGUGCGUUCACCUGGCAAGACUUCUGUAACCAGAGUUUUCGGAGAUGGGAAAUGAAUGCUAAUUAAAACAAAACAAAACAAAAGGUAUAUAAAGGAG